GACGUCACGUGCCUCUUCGCUGCUGCCGCUGCCGACCUCCCCGUGUGCAGAGCGAAUCGCGAGCGAGCGCGAAUUGUACGUCUUUUUUUCUCGCUAUCUCUUCUUCCCGCCCGGUGAUGGCAGCCCAGUGGAUCCGCACAGCAAUCUCUUCAAAACUCACUGGUGCGAGGCUCUAUAGCAGCCAGGUACACAAAUGCACUCUGAUCCCUGGAGAUGGUAUUGGACCCGAGAUCUCUGCUGCAGUGCAGAAAAUCUUCGAGGCUGGCAAGGUUCCAAUAGAAUGGGAAUCAGUUGAUGUGACACCAGUGAAGGGUCCGGAUGGCAAGUUUGGUAUACCACAAGCGGCCAUCGACUCUGUCAAUAGGAAUAAAAUUGGUUUGAAGGGACCUUUGAUGACUCCGAUAGGGAAAGGUCAUAGAUCUCUCAAUCUUGCACUCAGAAAGGAAUUUAAUUUAUACGCCAAUGUGCGGCCAUGUCUAUCAUUAGAGGGGUACAAGACGUUGUACGAUAAUGUCAAUGUCGUCACUAUCAGAGAGAAUACAGAAGGUGAAUAUUCGGGUAUAGAGCACGAAAUCGUAGAAGGUGUUGUACAGUCCAUUAAGUUAAUCACGGAAGAGGCUUCUCUCAGGGUAGCAGAAUUUGCUUUCCAAUAUGCUACAGACAAUAAUAGGAAAAAGGUUACUGCUGUACAUAAAGCGAAUAUCAUGAGAAUGUCGGACGGCUUGUUCUUGAGGUGUUGUCGAGAAGCCGCACAGAAAUUCCCGUCAAUCAAGUUCGAAGAGAAGUACUUGGACACAGUUUGCCUAAAUAUGGUGCAGGAUCCAAGUCAAUACGACGUGCUCGUUAUGCCUAACUUGUACGGAGAUAUCUUAUCCGACAUGUGUGCCGGUCUCGUUGGAGGUCUCGGUCUCACACCGAGUGGAAACAUCGGUUUGAAUGGAGCUUUGUUCGAAUCGGUACAUGGAACGGCACCCGAUAUUGCCGGACAAGAUAAGGCAAACCCCACGGCGUUAUUGCUCUCUGCGGUAAUGAUGCUCAAGCAUAUGGGCCUCAACAACCACGCGAAAAUAAUCGAGCAAGCUGCUUACGAUACCAUAAAGGAAGCCAAGUAUUUGACCGGUGAUUUAGGCGGUACUGCAAAAUGCAGCGAGUAUACCAAUGAAAUUUGUAAGAAGGUUAGUGCGCAAACCAAAUAAAUGGCAGACGCUUCGUAAAUCGAAAUCGAAACUGCCAAAUACUCGUAGAAUUCACGCGUCCACGAAAGGGCCGCUAUUUUCUACCAUCUAUUAAUAUUGUGUAUACACAGUCUUGUAUUGCGAGCGUUAUUUAGCCAUACUGACUGCAUUUCAUCCAUCAAUGAGAUAAGUUUUUUUCGUCGAAAAAACUGCAAGUGAGGAACUUAAAUAACGCUCGCAAUACAAGACUGUGCAUACACAAUAUUAACAGAUGGUAGAAAAUAGCGACUCUUUGUAUGUGCGUUUUCGGUGUAAAUUUACGAUCGGACUCUAUAUAUUGAAUAUUGUUGAGUAUUUUCUCAUGUGCAUCCACGCAUAUACAAUACGUAGAAAUUUUUUUCUUAAAUAUAUUGUCUUUAAUUUGACCAUAAGUUUCAAAUUCUUGAUUUAUGACAAAUAUGGAACGACAUUUAAUUUCAUUCUGUUUCGUAAAAUGCGCGUGACUGCAUCAUUGUUGACUGCAUGGACUGAACAUGUCUCUUGUAUAUGUAUAUCAUUAUGUAUUAUUUAAUCUCGAAUCCUAGAGAAAGGGUCCUAGUAAAGAUUGUAAAGAUUAACCAUGUAAAUUAAAUAGUAGAAAUGCUGUAUCAUAAUUUUAAAUAAAAUUGUUACGCGACGUAUGUUCUAUACUAGUGAAAAUAGUUUAAAAUAUUAAAAGUCGUGCGCAGUAUUACAAACUAAUAAAAAUCUACGAAACAAU